AUACUUAAUAUUUCCAUGUUAACUACAGAAGGAACAACAAUAGGCAGUCUUUGGAACGGUCAGAUUUUACAGCAGAAAAAAAUAACUGAAUUGAGAUAUUGGGUAGUAAUGGCUUUGCAAUACCAUCUAAACCCUCCGAUGCAGAGUACGAUGGGUGGAGCUAACCUCCAUACUCCACAGUCUGUAUUCCAACAUAUGAUGGGUCAGCAAAACUCGCCGCAACAAGGCGGACCUUGGCUGCAAAUGCCACAGGUCCCAGCGUUGUCUAUGCCAUGGAGCGUUCCAGCUUUGCAGCAACCUGAUUUGAUCAGGUUUACUGGUGAAAGAAGCCAGCCUGCCUAUGACACAAUGUCGCUGCAUCAAAAAAGAAAGUUGAGCACACCAGAUAUCACAGAUACUCGGCAAAUUAAGCAAUUUAUUACCGAAGAAAAGAUGGCCUCACACUUUCAAGGUUUGCACAUCAGUUCCAACUAUCAAGCUCAAAAUUCACCUCCUUCGACAUCGACAGCUCACUCGCCACAGCGUGUGUGUAAUAAUUUAGAAUAUAUGAACUCGAAUAUGGAAAGUGCUGAGGGCAUAAACUUAGAUCAAAAUGACUGCAGAAAGCCUAGACUGGUCAUAUCUGAGGAAGUCAGACGGCUACAAGAAGAACCCCUAAUUCCUACCUCUCUGUUAUCCAAACUGAUUUGGAAGAAUAAAUGUUUCGUUUCCAAAAAGUGGGGUGAAAGUUCCUUUUACGGAUGCCAUUAUAAGUUUGAACUUAUCUCCAUUAUUAAUGCGUCAAGGGGUUACCCUACUGACAUGGAUAUAUCAACAGGCUAAUUUUCAGGAAUUAAUUUCGGAAAAACUGCUGAUGCUAUAUUAAUAAUUUUUUGAUAUAAACUCAUGUACACAUUAAUCGGUUCACUAGUAAGCACUCAUAUAUCUGCAAAAACAAAGUGCCACAACUGGUAAGGACUUAUCUAUGAGAUCCGUGAAUAUCUCUGUUAGUUUCGAACGUAUUUACAUCAAAUUUGAUAUGCCUAUGUUUUUUGGGGCGCUGAUUACGAAUUUCAACUCGAAAUUCGAAAAUUUAAAAUGGCGGAUCUAAUAUGGUGACAUCGACUGAGUAACGGUAUUCCACUGUGAUUGUCACCUCCGUUAUUAGCUGUUGAUAAAUAUGACUACAACCCCAGAGUGUGCCACGGGAAAGCUGCGGUAGGAUUUCACACCUGCUUCACAGGCCUUCCCGCGGCACAGUCUGGGGUGGUGGUCAUAUUUAUCAACAGUUAAUAACGGAGGGGACAGUCGUUGAAUACCGUUAGUCAGUCGAUGCCACCAUAUUGGAUUCGCCAUAUUGAAUUUUCAAAUUUCGAUUUCAGAUUCGUAAUCAGCGAUCCAAAAAACUGCUUAUUGUGAAGGUUUUCUGUUGAAUACAAAAUUAUUUGCUCCUACCAGUUUUGGCACGAAACGUUGAUUUGGGAUCCAUCAGUGAACCGGUUAAGGAGUGUGUUCAAAAAAUUUGAUCAAAAAAAAAAAAAAAUUUUAUUAUUAUAACAAUUUGAUAGAGAUAUGUCUUCGCGCCUUUCAAUAGUUUUUGUGCAGGGUUAAUUAUUGUACAUGACAUCACAAGUAUCGGUGGUCUGACACAAAAAUAAAAAUAUAGUCAUUGACUACGUUGUAUUGGCUACCGACCGACAGAGCGUUUUUCUUUUUUCCUCUUUGGUGAAAUGAAAAAAAUUUCCGAUUUUACGACGUUUUCAGCUCAAGAAUAUGUUGUAUUUUGAUUACAUGGUGGCCACUUGUCAGGGAAAACCUGGUAAUCUGGAAAGAGUCAGGGAAUUCUUGAAUUGGUCAGGGAAGUCAGGGAAAACUCAGGGAAUCUUUCAUUUGGUCAAGGAAAAUGUACGGUGGUCCGGCACAGCGAGAAAAAACUAGGCUUCCACGAUAAAUCGAAGUUCGAAAAAAUUGCAUGCUAGAAAUUCGUAGUUAAUAAAAAUCGUGUCGAGAAAUGAAGUACUUUUCGGUCCAAAAAUUUCAGAUUGCAUACGAGACAUUUUUAUAAAUUCCAUAGAACGAACAUUGCCUCCCGGUCAUAUUUCUUCGAUUAGCGCUGAGCACCCAAAAAGAUAUAUUAAAUAGAGUGGACAAGAUGCAGGUGUUAGCAUAAGUCGAAAGGAUGUCUACGCAAUAAGUACGUUUCUGUAUGGAUCUAAAUAUUAAAUUAAAAUUUUCCUUCAACAAGUUGUAAAAUAUUCGCUGUAAGCAUCUACGUCACAAAAUAAUUUUAAAAAAAGUAUUGUUAUGCUUAAUGUGUAUAAAUUAAUUUUUAUCACCAUUAAAUAGAUUAUGACCAUAUUUUUGAAUACCGAUCAAUUUGUACCUUCACUAAAUAGUUACUGUUAUUGGCACUAUUACUUAGCAUUUUAGUCAGGGAAAGAACGUGAAUUUGGUCAUAAAAGUCAAGGAAAAGGCAGGGAAUUUUUUUGACUGUUUAUAGUAGCCACCAUUUAUUAAUAAGUAUUGCACAAAAAAUGAGAACGAUAUAAUCAGUCGUCAGCCGGAAAUCACUAUUUCUUUGAACAUGUGUACCAAAUUUUAAGUCGAUUCAUUCACAGAUCGAGAUAUCGUGUACAUCGUUUUGAAAAAUAUAGUUUCGAGAAAAAAGUAUUCGAAAUCUUUUGGAGUGGAAAAAUUUAAUUUACAUAUCUUACCGUUUAUCUACCAUUCCUGUCUCGUAUUAUAUAUAAAUCUUGACCUCGGAAACUACUUUUUAGAGAGGAAAAAAUAAAUAUUUUCACGUUGAUAAUUUCGCAGUAGGGUAGCCCCUUGACACUUCUUGGGUGUAGUAACUUGAAUAUUAGUAA